UCUCUCUGAGCGGCCAGAACUGCGCUGCGACCUCAAUACAGGUGGUCGCGCCAGGCACCGCUGAGAUGUUGCCCAAAGUUCUGCUGAUGCUCCUCAACAUAUUCCUGGCCCUCCAGUGGAGGGUUGGCCUUCACAUUAAACUGGAGAAUAAACCCGCUGCCCAAGAUAAUGUAGUCUUCGGUCCUCAGCGUAGGCCUGUGCCUCAACCUCUCCUUCAGCCUGAGUCUUCUGCGGAUGAUGAUGCAGUCUUCAGCCCUCAGCCACAGCCUCAGCUCAAAUCCCCUGGCCGUGAUGAUGAUGUAGUCUUAAGCUCCCAGCCCCAGCCUCCGCCUCAGCCACAACCUCUGCCUGAGCCCCAGCCUGAGCCCCAGCAUCAGCCACAGCCACAGCCUCUGGCUGGGUGCCAGCCUCUGCUCCAGCCCCUGCCUGGUCCCCUGCCUUGGCCCCUGCCUCCUCCCCAGCCUGCACCGGAGCCUCAGCCUGAGCCCCAGCCUGAGCCCCAGCCUCAUCCCCAGCCUCAGCCUCAUCCAGAACCUCAGCCGCAACCCCUGGCUGGGCGCCAGCCUCUGCCCUAUCCUCUGCCUUGGCCUCAGCCCCUGCCAGAUCCCCAGCCAGAGCCUGAGCCGGAGCCAGAGCCGGAGCCGGAGCCGGAGCCCCAGCCAGAGCCCCAGCCAGAGCCUGAGCCGGAGCCCCAGCCUCACCCUGAAUCUCAGCCUCAAACUGAGCCCCAGACCCCAGUCCAGAUCCAGGAUGGACGUCAACCACGGCCCAGGCCCCAGCCUGAGCCCCAGCCCCAGCCCCAGCCAGAACCUCAUCCAGAGCCUCAGCCCCAGCCAGAACCGGAGCCCCAGCCGGAGCCCCAGCCGGAGCCCCAGCCGGAGCCCCAGCCUGAGCCUGAGCCGCAGCCCGAGCCAGAACCCCUGCCGGAGCCAGCGCCGGAGCCAGAGCCGGAGCCAGCGCCGGAGCCAGAGCCGGAGCCAGCGCCGGAGCCAGAGCCGGAGCCAGCGCCGGAGCCAGAGCCGGAGCCAGCGCCGGAGCCAGAGCCGGAGCCAGCGCCGGAGCCAGAGCCGGAGCCCGAGCAGGAGGCUCAGUCUAGUGGAAAGAAGAUUUCAGCAAAACAAACAGAACUCACUGUUGAUUGCAUGACUGAACUCUCAGGAGAGAACCUGACAAGAGCUUCUCAAAUCCUUAGCAACAUCCUGAGUAAUUAUGACCAUAAACUGCGCCCUGGCAUUGGAGAGAAGCCCACUGUGGUCACUGUUGAAGUCUUUGUCAAGAGCCUCGGGCCUAUUUCCACCCUGGACAUGGAAUAUUCCAUUGACAUCAUCUUCUACCAGACCUGGUAUGAUGAGCGUCUUCGUUACAAUGACACCUUUGAGACCCUUGUUCUACAUGGCAACAUGGUGAGCCAGUUGUGGAUCCCGGAUACCUUUUUUAGGAAUUCUAAGAGGACUCAUGAAUAUGAUAUCACCAUACCCAACCAGAUGGCUAUCAUCCACAAGGAUGGAAAGGUGUUGUACUCAGUUAGGAUGACCAUUGAUGCGAGAUGUUCACUCUACAUGCUCAAAUUUCCAAUGGAUUCUCACUCUUGUCCCCUGUCUUUCUCUAGCUUUUCCUAUGAUGAACAUGAAAUGAUCUACAAGUGGGAGAAUUUCAAGCUACAAAUCAAUGAGAAGAACACUUGGAAGCUAUUCAAGUUUGAUUUUACAGGAGUGAACAACAAAACUGAAAUCAUCUCAACCUUAGUUGGUGACUUCAUGGUCAUGACCUUCUUUUUCAACGUAAGCAGGCGGUUUGGCUUCCUUGUCUUUCAAAACUAUGUCCCUUCUUCUGUGACCACAAUGCUCUCCUGGGUCUCCUUCUGGAUCAAGACAGAGGCUGCUGCAGCCAGGGCCUCUGUGGGGGUCAGUUCUGUACUCACUAUUGCCACGCUGGGCACCCUUUCCCGUAAGAAAUUCCCUCGUGUCUCCUAUCUCACAGCUUUGGACUUCUAUAUUGCCAUUUGUUUCGUCUUGUGCUUCUGUGCUCUACUAGAGUUUGCUGUGCUCAACUUCCUGACCUACAAUGAAACGAAACGACAGGCUUCUCCAAAGCUGUACCAUCUUCCCAUCAUUAGCCAUGCUAAUACGCGUACUCGUGCUCGUGCCCGCACCCGUGCUCGUGCCCGUGCCCGUGCCCUCCAGCAGCAGGAAGUGUUUGUGUGUGAGAUCCUUGCCUAUGAAGGGAAUGCUGAAGAGGAGUAUCAGUAUUGCCCAGCCCAGCAGUAUUCAAGCUCAAGAAGGCUCCAGUGUCCCCGGAGGCGAUGUGGCAGAAGCUAUGUGUGCUUCAAGGUUCUCAGGAAGUAUUUCUGCAUGGCUCCUGGUUGUGAGGGCAGCACCUGGCAGCGGGGUCGCCUCUGCAUCCAUGUUUACCGCCUGGAUAACUACUCGUGGGUGCUUUUUCCCAUUACAUUCUUCUUCUUCAAUGUGCUCUAUUGGCUCAUUUGCCUUAACCUGUAGGCUCCAGCUGGUAGUUCAUGAAGCAGCCUCCUCAGUUCCCCAGGAGGUGCCAAGCCCCUUUGCUAAGGGAGUUGGGAUAUAACAGCAAAAGCAGCAGGAGUGCCCAGAGAGAGUUUAUCCGUCCCUGGUUCCCAGUAUGAGCCUGUGGAGAGUUUGUCUCUGAUGGUCUUCUUCCUAUUAGCCCCCCCCACACACCACAAUCGUUAUAGGAGGUGAGGAGCCAGCAAGUGGGUCAAUUUUAGAAAGUAACCUCUCUCUGCUGCUGUGCCAUCUCCUUCUCCCCACCCGCUUCCAUCUGCACUACCAGUUCAGUUCCCUUCAUCCAAUGGGUAUCUAUUCUUGUGUGCAAUAUUUGUAAUGCCCCCUGCUUUGUAUGCCUCCUUCUUCCUUCUCCUUGAUCCUUGUGAUUUGUUGUGUAACUUCCCCAGUGACUUUCCCAGCCCUGAUCCAGGUGCUAGGCUUUGGUGACUCCCUCGGGCCAAGAAACUGAGAACACCCUGUUCUGCAGCGGCCAUUAGAUGCCACUGACUGGUGCUCACCUCAGGCACAGUCGAAAUGUUUGACUGCUUUCUUGGCCUCUGGACCCAUAAGCCAGUCCACUGCCAUCCCUGGGGCACUCACACAAUCACAUUCAAUUGAAAUCCCUUAAAUUUAUAUAGAAUUUUCCCUUUUGGCAAAGCACGUUUGACAAAUAAUUUCUAUUUGGAGCCCUGUGACAUCUUUAGGCACAGUUUGUUCUCCAUUAUGCAGAUGGCAACAUUGAGGUAUAGAUUCCUAUGUGACUGUGGGUUUUGCUGGAAGCCAAUCUGGAGUUUCCUUGUCACCUGCUAAAGCACAUGUCAGGGCUAGGCAGCUCUGAUCUCCAUGACUUAAUUCUGCAUCCCAGUGGCAGCACCUAGAGUAGUAACCCCUCCCCAAGCAUGGACCUGUCUUUAUCUAGGGCCUGGGGUGCUCAGACUGCUUUGCAGGUUGAACUCCUGUCUCUAGUAACCCACAAAAACAAAUUUGUACAUGCCCCAAUGCUUGUAUAUGCUGAACAGAAUCUCUGUCUGUACUUUAUGGGGAUGGGAGGGAUUGGGAAAUCCAUCUGCUUUUAGUUACCAUCAUCUGUAAAGGGGAAAUAUAUGAAUAAAAAUAUCAGCAAAGCA